GGCAGGAGCCAAGUAAGGGACUCUAACGUAAAUACUUCAAAAGGGACUGCACUCCUGAAGUUUAAUCUGAAUAUUCACUCCGACUUAUUCAGGAGACCAGUCCAAAAGGUAUACUUUUGGCCGUCAUUGACUGAACCGGAGAAGGAAAUUCUUCGCGACGCUUUCUUCCAAAUCGGGCGACGUACAUGUAUAAAAUUUUUGGAGCAGGAAUACAAGCCGUGGUUCCACGCAGAUCGAUGGGAUGCAAAACAACCAUACGUACUCAUACGAAAAAGCAGGAAAUAUGCAGCAUACGCGGACACCUCGAUUGAAGGCCUCGUUGAUCGAACAAUCCUGUACAUUUCGGAGGGUGCGUUCCAGAUGAACACAUUCAAUCAUUCCCGAGGUGCUGUGAUGGAUCAGCUAGUGCGGUUCAUGGGCAUGAAAAAGGAAAUGUACCGUCCUGAUGCCCCUUCAUAUAUCCAACCUAUUGCACCCGUACCACUCGUCCGACAGCCCGUCUUUCAACCUGCCCAACUGAUGUGGCCUUUUGAUCCAGAGAGUGUAACGAUCCCACUUUGGGCCAGAGAAAAAUAUCGCCUUACUCAAUAUUGUCCAGCUCGAAAUGAUGCGGACAUCGGCGCUGGUCAACGGGUUGGCCUGCUUACAAAGUGGGACACGAUAAAGCUGAACUCGAUGUACUGUCCAGAACUAGUACAUGCUGAUCCGCAACGUGGUCCAUGCGUAGUACCACGUCCAAAGGAUGCCGAUGAAUUCCAACGUCGAGUAUGGGCUUACAAACGGUUGCUGAACAGAAAUAAAGUGAUCCGAAUUUAA